UUAUACUUCUAUGGCAUGGGUAAUUUUGGUUUUUAGGUUUACUGAAAUUUUUGAUGUCUGUCAAGUUAAUUAAAAAAUGGCAUCUAUUAGUCAACAUCAUUCGUUGUAGGUUAGAAACGGAUUUGGUUUGAGAUAUAUCUUAUACUAAAUGCUGCGCUUGCAGCAAGAAAUAGUAGGGCACUGCAAUGCUCUGCUCACUUAAAGAGACUGGAAUAUGGGAUUCUGUUCUUUUAGAGCCAUUCACAGAAGAGAAUUUCAUAAAUAAUUUACAUCAGCGCUUCAAAAAGGACCAUAUUUAUACUUACAUAGGGAAUGUAUUAGUUUCUGUUAAUCCUUAUAGGAAGCUUUCAUUAUACUCUGCUGAUUUAGCAGAAACUUAUGUCAAAAGGGGCCCAUUUCAAUUACCACCUCAUAUUUAUGCAGUUGCUGGAUCAUCUUAUAGAUGGUUGUGUGAUAAAAACGAAGACCAGUGUAUUAUAGUUACAGGAGAAAGUGGUUCGGGAAAGACAGAAGCUGCAAGAAUUGUACUACAAUUCCUUGUACUUGUAUCUAGUAAUAAAGCAGAAGUAAAAGUUGUAAAAGAUAAACUUGUUCAAGCCAAUACUCUUCUAGAAGCUUUUGGAAAUGCUAAAACAAUGAAAAAUGAUAAUGCAUCGAGAUUUGGAAAAUUUGUUGAUAUAGAAUUUGAUUAUAAAGGAGAUCCAGCUGGAGGAGUCCUUAUGCAUUUUGUACUAAAAUUAUAUGAGAUAUGUGAAUUAUUAGGAGUGGAGCAUAAACGUUUAAAAGUUUCAUUAACAAAUAGAUAUAUCGACGGUGGAAUAUUAGCCGAAUUAAAUCACAAAGAAGCUGCAAAAUUCCGCGACACGCUUUGUAAGAACUUGUACAGUCGUCUUUUUACAUGGCUUGUAAAUAGAAUAAAUGAUAAUACAAGGGGCAAGCCUUUUGGACGACGAAAAGUCCUUGGUGUUUUGGAUUUUUACGGAUAUGAAAACUUGAAUCAGAACAAUUUCGAGCAGUUAUUAAUUAAUUAUUGUAAUGAAAAAAUUCACAAUUUUGUUGUUACAACAUCUCUUAAGCACGAACAAGAGGAUAUUAUUAAAGAAGGUUUAGAAUGGACUAAAAUCGAUUUUUUUAAUAACGAAAAAAUUUGUCAACUUUUUGAAGAUGAAAGCCAUGGACUUUUCCCUUUAAUGGACGAGCCUUGUAUACAGUGUGAUACAAUGUAUCUAAACCGUGUAGAGCAAAUUUGCGUUAGUCAUUCGCACUGUAUUACAACGGAUACACUUUUGCCUCCUUUUUGCUUUCAAAUUCGGCAUUAUGCAGGAACUGUAACUUACAAUAUAAAAGGUUUCUUAGAGAAAAAUAGAGAUUCAUUGUCAAAGGAAAUUUCCAGGACUAUGUUCUCUUGUGCACAUCCCUUAAUGCAAUCUCUCUUUCCUGAGGGUAACCCAAAAAGGUGUUGCAAGAAGAGGGCGUUAACUGUAGGAACCCAAUUACAAGUUGCCUUAAACGCAUUAUUAAAAAAUUUAAAUAACAGACAAGCUCAUUACAUCCGAUGUAUCAAACCUAAUGAGCUGAAGAAACCAAAACUUUUCGAAUUUCCCUUGGUACAACACCAGGUUAGAUAUUUGUGCUUGAUUCCCACCGUUCAAAUGUGGCGUAUGGGUUACUGCUAUCAUAUGUCUUUCACACAUUUUCUUGCACGUUACAAAAUGCUAAGUACGCAUACGUGGCCCCAUUGGCGAGGUUCAAUUAUAGAAGGCUCAUCGAUUAUAUUGCGAUCCCUUCCCAUACCCAAUGCUGAGUUUACAUUUGGAAGGAGUAAGAUCUUCAUUCGUAGCCCUCGAACAGUAUUCGAACUGGAAGAUUUUCGAAAGUUGCGGUUACACGACUUGGCCACUUUAAUUCAAAAAACGUGGAGGUGUUACAGGUGUAGAACACGAUAUCAGAAAAUGAGGAGAAGUCAAAAAGUUAUUGCGGCUGCUUGGAGGACCUGGAAAGCAAGGGAAGAAUAUCGCAAGUUUAAAUUGAAAAAGCAGAAGGAAUGGGCCGCAAGAGUUAUUCAGAGACAUUAUAUACAGUGGAAGGUAAGACUUUUGAUUAAGCAUUAUAAAUCCAAAUUUAUAUNGCCAAUAUUGCUGGUAGUUUCAACGAGGUCCAUGUUGAUUUUGGACCAGCGUACUCUUCAAAUUAAAUAUCGCGUGCCAGCAACCGAAAUUUACCGGAUGUCAUUGUCCCCUUUUCCAGACGAUGUAGCUGUUGUUCAUAUAAAAGCUUCAGCAAGUGAGCACAAUCAGUCUUCUUCUUGUGCAACAAUGGAAUCGACCGGUUGUUUAUUUCAGAGCGACUUGAGUAGGAAAAAGGGUGAUUUUGUUUUUCAAACGGGCCAUGUCAUCGAAGUGGUAACGAAAUUGUUCCUAGUAGUUCAGAACGCCAUCGGGAAAGCCCCUGAGGUCAACAUUACAACUGAAUUCGAAGCAAAUUUUGGUUCUCAAACAGUUACCUUUACUUUUAAAUGUGUUGGUUUAUCAGAAGUGCGUGUAGUCCGUAAAGGAAAUAAAAUGGAGGUGUUAGUAUGAUGUCAUGUGAUACAUAUCGAGAAGACCAGCAUAUUUUUCACUGCCAUUAGUCUUCUAUUGCUAUGUAUAAACAAUGCGUUAUUAUAACAAAAGUUAUUUUUU